CAAUCCCCUAUUCCAACACAAUAACAUUGCCGCCACUUUUUCAAAAUGAGCUCAUUUGGCGCCAAGCGGAAAGCGCGUGUCAUCCAGACCUUCGAUAAUGAGCUCGACGGUCUAAAUCCCACCUUGAACAGUGGAGGGGAGGAGCAAAGCGACCGUAAGUCAGCGGCCGCCACUGGACAUGCAUCUCUUGAUAGCCCUCCGUUGCUGAUUCUCGGAUCCUCAAAGAGCGAGCAAGCUGAUGCGCUGCUGGCAGAAUCAGCGCCCCUAGGGCGCAUCAAGUUCGGCCGCAACAAGCCCGCCAAAUCCUCAACCCUACGGCGGACCAUCAACAUCAACGAUGAGGACGACGGCCAAUACCCCGCCGCUGCCGCACGCGACGUCGACGAAGAUGAUGAGUCCCACGCGCCGGUUGUGGUCCGCCCCACACUAGGUCGCGCCGGCUCAUCCAAGCUCAAGAAGCGCCCAGCUGCAUCCCGACUCUCUCUCGGGCCCAGCGAAGAUGCAGCAGAUGACGAGGACAGCAGCGCAGGAAGCGCCGUGACAAAACCAUCUACGAACAAGAAACCCCUUGGCCAGCGCCUACUGGCCAACAACGCCCUUCGCAAGUCCGCAAACCUAGCCGGCAGCUUACCCAUGCGAUUCGGCGGCCAGGAGGAAACCCCGAGAUACAGCAAGGAGUACCUGGAGGAACUGCAGAGCUCAACGCCCAACACGCCCCAAGAUUUCGCCUCGUUACAUGCCUCCGGCGAUGAUGAGAUGGAACUUGACCCGUCCGAACUCGAAGGCGCGGUGGUCGUUCAGUCGACCGAAUUCAUCUCGCUAGAGGGUGACGAGUCGGACGAGGACGCCGCAAGGCAGCACGGUGGCGGCGGCCGGAUGACGGUGAAUUUCCUGAGUAGCAAGAAGAAGAAAGAACCUCGGCUCAUAGCUGAGGACGAAUACCUCGGCGAAGGUUACGACGAGUUCGUGUCUGACGGCGGGCUGGCGCUGGGGAAGAAAGCCGAGCGGGACGCCGCGCGGCGCCACAGGCAAGAGAUGGCGGAGCUGAUCCAGGCCGCCGAGGACGGGUCCGAGGCCGACAGCGAUGACAGCGAGGCGGAGCGGCGGGCCGCGUACGAAGCUGCGCAGCGGCGGGCCGGCCUGGACGGGUUGCACCGGCACGACGAGGACCACGAGAUGUACGGCGCCCUCGGGCCGGAUGUCAUCCCGCGCAUGAAGCCGCUACCAAGAUUGAACGAGGUGCUGCAGCGGAUGCGGGAGAUUUUGCAGGGGCUGGAAGACCAGGUAGCUCAGAAGCGUGCCAGGAUAGCAGAUCUUGAAAAGGAAAAGGUGGAAAUCCUUGCGCGGGAGAAGGAGGUUCAGGAGAUUCUGAACCAGGCCGGCGCCAAGUACCAGGCGGUCGUGGCAAGCGCGGGCGGUAACGUGGGGGAUGUGACCAAGUUGGCCAGUCAAUCGCCGAUGAGGCCGCUCCCGCCGGGAAUCGCGGCCGAUUUUCCCGUAGAACGGGGCCUCGAAAGCUUUGGUGCGACGCCUACCAGAGGGAUGGAUACCGAGGAGAUGGCUUGA